AUGGCAAAAAAACUAAGUUUAUAUUUUCGUAAUCAUCAAGUUCCACUUGCAGCACUUCGUAGGAUUCAAAAGGAUAAAUAUGGGAAGGAAAUUGGCCUUAGUUUACCAGUUGAAACAAGGUGGUUAUCAGCAUAUCAGUGUUUAGAUAGUAUUUUCAAAUCUAAAAUGGCAAUGAUGGCUUUAUUAGGGGAAGAUAUAGCUUUAGAUCGUGAAAUAAAAAUUAAGAUUUUAGACGAUAUCUUUUGGACUAAUCUUAAAGAUUUGCAAGAUUUUUUGUUGCCAUUUAUUAUUUUUAUUCAACAGCUUGAACAAGAUGACCCAUAUCUUUCUACUGCAUUUAUUAACUUGCGUAAAAUUGAAAUUCAAAUCAAAAAUAAUACCAAAAUUCCUAAUGAUUUUAGUGUAUAUGCAAUUUAA